UACAGCGGAAAUGAGGUUGUGGUUUGUUUCCCUCGGAAGUGCAAAAUAGUAAGACAAACAACAAGGACAGCGUUAGCCAAGAACAUAAUAAGAAAAAACGAAUAUUUGAAUUAGGAGAAAGGACACACUCUACUAAUAUAGGAUAAUAAUAGUUUGUAUUCACAAUUCAAUAACUAAAUGUUUUUUCUACGAGAAGAAUUGAUCAGUUUGCCACAUUUGAUCAUUUUAUAGGAGCGACGCUUACGUUACAGGGCUCAAGCUAGCCGACAUUGUAUCAUCUAAUCUUGCCUUCCCCUUUUACGGAAGAGAAAGGCAAGAACCAGAUACAAGAUGAGGCCAGUCGGGUCCAAGGAUUGUAACGAUUGAUCCUUGAUUCAAUGUCUGCAUUGGGUAGGGUACCUAGGACAAUGAUGCCUGCCAUUGCAGUAUUAUUCAGCUGUCCUUGUCUGACUCUUUGGCCUUGCUGAGGUGUGGUGUCGGAGAAGGUGCGGUCAGUGAGAAUGGAUCAAGGACCCCACCUGACAUGACAUUGGAUACUUUUUUGGAACUUUAAUCAAGAGACUGGGAGGAAGAUGGAGAAAGAGGUGGCUGAGAGGGAGGUGGAGAUGAAGGGAGAGACGUGGACUGUAGAGGCAACUGAGGAGAGUCCUGAAGAGCUGCUCUCAGGUGUUCCUCACCUCCCAUCUUCAACCGCCAUGCCCGACCAGUGGGAAGUCAGAGGAGAUGAGGAGGAAACUCAACAACAAGUUCCCAAUAAGGAGAUGACUGACUAUAUCAAAGUUACCCCUCAGGAUAUCCAAUCCCCAGUCAACCAGGAGGACUCGGAAGAUGUAGAAGCAGAGGAUUGUGGGAUUGCAGAGGACAAUGAGGUCUCUCUAAGACAGGAGGGGGUGGUGUAUUUGGAGAGAGAAGGAAAUGAGGAGACAGAGGGUGGAGAUGAAGAGGAGAGCGGAGGGAAGGAGCCAAGCCUAAACGGGGAGUCAGGCUGGAGGAACUCAGGGGCCGGAGGGAGGAGAGGCCGGUCCCGGAACAGCGGAGGGGGGGGGGCAGCCUCGGAGCAAAACACUCAGGCUACAUCGUCAUCCUCGUCCUCCUACCUCCCUAAAGGUUCCCUGUCGUCGGGUGGCGGUAGGCACAAGCAGACCCGGAGGCGCAACCACCACCAUCAACAGGGCCGGGGCCGGCGGCGGACGGGCACCCAGCUGGCCUUGGCCUUCAGGGAGCUGCUGUCGGAGUCGCUCAGCCCCUGGUGCAUCUCCUGCAUCCACAUGGUGGUGGAGGUCAUUGUCACCAUGACCCACCGAUGCGGAGUGGCCGUGGAGGUCGGAGGGGUGGCCCUCUACGACCUGGGCUCACAGAUGCUCAACAGGGUCACUGACGUACCGGGGAUGAAGGCAGAUGCCCAACGCUUGCUGGAGAGGGCGAGGUGCGCCGGCGCGGUCCUGGUGGAUAAGAGUGUUCGGUUGGUGAAAUGGGUCCGGAAGGCCUCCCUAACUUGCUUCGGCCUCCUCUGUGCCGUGGUACUGCUGGGGUUCCAGUGGGCCCGGUUAACGCUGGUCCGGCUGGGCGGGGAGAGGGCCCAGCGGUGGUGGAUUGCCAUGCAGGACUCCAAGGUAUGGAGGAGGGUGGCUUCGCUGGUGGAGAGGGUCAGCAGCUGGUUCAGGAGGAGAGCCACCCAGGUGCCCCCCUUGACCCCAGAUUCUCCUGGUGGAGCAGGCAGAUACCAACCUGGGAAGGAGCUGGAGAGACUGCUGGCGCUGGCUCAAGUCCCUGAGGAGGAGCUGGACCCUUUUACAGUGCUGGGGGUGGAGGCCCACGCCACUGAAGCUGACCUAAAGAGGGCCUACAGACAGCUGGCUGUCCAGGUCCAUCCAGACAAGAACAAGCACCCACGUGCUGGGGAGGCCUUUAAGGUGCUGAGGGCUGCCUGGGACAUCGUCAGUAACCCAGAAACACGGAGGGAAUACGAGCUGAAGCGCAUGGCGAAGACGGAACUCUCCAAGUCGAUGAAUGAGUUCCUCACCAAACUGCAGGAUGACCUGAAGGAAGCUAUGAACACUAUGAUGUGCACCAAGUGUGAGGGCAAGCACAGGAGGUUUGAGAUGGACCGGGAGCCUGCGGAGGCUCGGUUCUGUGCAGAGUGUAACAGACGCCACAGCGCCGAGGAGGGAGACCUGUGGGCUGAGUCCAGCAUGCUGGGCCUACGCAUCACAUACUUUGCCUGCAUGGAUGGCAAGGUCUACGACAUCACAGAGUGGGCCGGCUGCCAGAGGAUAGGAAUCUCCCCAGACACACACCGCGUUCCCUACCACAUCUCCUUCGGAUCCAAGAACAACAGCAACUCCACGCAGCGCCACAGGACACCUCCAGGCCCAGAGCACCCUCCUCCAGGCCCGACCAACCCUGCUGACCUGCAGGACUUUUUCAACCGCAUCUUCCAGGGGGGACCUCCCCCUGAUAUGGCUGCCAACGGGGGUUUCUUUCCCUCAGGACCGCCCCCCCAUCACCCCUCUGGUGCUGGACUGGGACCUAGUGGACCUUUUUCCCCUCCUCCACCUCAGACUGGCUUCUUCAUGCCUCCUGGGGGGCCCCGGCCAGAACCCAGCGAUACGUGGGCUGAGAGCGGAGGCAAACCUCCACCCCGCAGGAAGAAGAAGGUCCGCAAGCCCUUCCAGAGGUGAGAGUGGCCAUUGUUGUGAUACGUCAUCAUAGCAACACAGGGACACUCUACACAUGGCCAUAUCUGUCUUCUUGCUUGUCUGUCAGCGAGCCCGGACCUCCCCUUACUGUACAUGAGUCGAAGGAUCACUCGAGCUCAGGAAGAUUCACACUGGUCGGGGCUACCACCCGAAUCAAUGACUGACAACACAUAGGUCCCAAGCCAGAGAUGAGACUGGACCAUGUACAAGAAGAAGAAACUAACUCCGUUUAAGUAUAUUUGGGGUAAGGAGGUGGCAGUAUUUCUGCUUCUCCCACUCUCAUUUGUUUUCUUCUUUGAUGAAACAGCUGUAGCCAUGCCACUGAAAUCACAAGCCUAUUGCUUAUAAUGCAAACACAUUUCCUUAGGUCUUACUUUCCUGCACAAUUCUGCAUACACAAUUACAUGCCAUUGGACUCUUUUAGUCCUUGAGACUUUUGUGGUACAUUUUUGGGGAUAUGGUAAUGUAAUAUUGCUUCAGGUCUCUGUGCAUUUGUGUUUGAGAGGGACAUUGCUAGAAGAAGCCAAUCAGAAUUGAUUCAUUUCUGAAUUUAACUGCUCAAGCUGAAUCCUGUGAGAAGACUGUCCAGAGAGAGGGCUCCUCUGCCUGUUACUGCUUGUACACAUCCUUCCUUCCACCUGUUGCCUUCUUUGAUCAAUUGUUAGGUUAUCAUUUGAGCAACUGCUUUUCUGCCAUUUUUAUUGCUUUGAAUGAAGUUAGAGUGAAAGUUUGUCACUAAUUUAUAUUGGGAAGUAGGUUUGUGGGGAAUGCUUUUGCACCUGAAUUAGAGUGCAAGUAUUCUCCCUGCCAAACAUAGAUACACUGCUCGUUGAACAUCUUAUUCAAAAAUCAUUGGCACUAAUAUGGAGUUGGUCCCCCUUUGCUGUUAUAACAGCCUCCACUCUUUCACUAGAUGUUGGAACAUUGCUGCGGGGACUUGCUUCCAUUCAGCCACGAGCAUUAGUUAGGUCGGGCACUGAUGUUGGGCGAUUAGGCUGGCUCGCAGUCGGCGUUCCUAUUCAUCCCAAGAUGUUUUAUGGAGUUGAGGUCGGGGCUCUGUGCAGGCCAGUCAAGUUCUUCCACACUGAUCUCGACAAACCAUUUCUGUAUGGGCCUUGUUUUGUGCACGGGGGUAUUGUCAUGCUGAAAAAUAAAAGGGCCUUCCAUAAACUUUUGCCACAAAGUUGGAAGCAUAGAAUCGUCUAGAAUGGCCUUGUAUGCUGAAGCGUUAGAUUUCCCUUUACUGGAACUGAGGGGCCUAGCCUGAAACAUGAAAAAGAACCUCGAACCAUUAUUCCUUCUCCACCUUUACAGUUGGCACUAUGCAUUCGGGUAGGUAGCGUUCUCCUGGCAGAUGAUGAAGCGUGAUUGACGUUGCUUCCGGAGGUAGUUUGGAACUUGGUAGUGAGUGUUGCAACCAUGAUGCUACGCGCUUCAACACUCAGCAGUCCCAUUCUGUGAGCUUGUGUGGCCUACCACUUUGCGGCUGAACUGUUGUUGCUGGUAGAUGUUUCCACUUCUCAAUCACAGCAUUUACAGUUGACCGGGGCAGCUCUAGCAGGGUAGAAAUUUGACAAACUGACUUGUUGGAAAGGUGGCAUCAUAUGAUGGUGCCUUGUUGAAAGUCACUUAGCUCUGUAGUAUGAGCCAUUCCACUGCCAAUGGCUAUGUGCUCGAUUUUAUACACCCCUCAGCAACGGGUGUGGCUGAAAUUGCUGAAUUCAUUAAUUUGAAAAGGCAUCCACAUACUCUUGGCCAUGUAGUGUAUCAACUCUGUCUAGCUACAGUGAAUACUGUAUGUUUAAUCUGUCUCUCAACACAUUGAAGCCCACUUAGAAUCACUUUGAGGCAUCAGAGGUUAGCAGGUUCAUAUUCAAAUCCAGACGGUUAUAUUGUGAGUCAAGGACCUAGGCUAUUUACUGCUUGCAGUCCCUAAGUAUUGGUGUGAAACAUCAGUGUUCAGUUGAUUUUGUAGUAAAGUUGAUUUCAGAUGGAUGGAUGAAUGGAUUUCAGAUGGAUGAAUGGACAAUGUUUGUUUUGUGAGUUAUGUGGAUUAAAUUCCAUCUUCAAGUUCCGACUCUCACAAGACAUGUGAAUGCUGGAUAAUUCCAAUGGAGCAGAAACCAGGGGACCUGUCUAGAAGGCAUCGUGUUGUUCCUGUGGCUCAAGAGAAUGUCAAGAUGCAAUCCACCCCGAAUUGCAUCUUGAUACCCUUUAAGAUUGGAGGUGACUGAACUUCCAUUGAGAACACAAUGACUAGCAGUGCACAAUAUUGUUAUCAGAGAUUAGUCUUUGGCAGAUACUUACCAACAGUUUAAAGGUUGGUUGAAUGACGGGGGAGCUGAAUAUCAAGACUAACAGUCCUACCACCACUUUUUAUUUUUAAAAAAAGCUACCACUGCCCUCUUUUGCCCCUUUCUCAUUAGUCAGUAUGCUCCAGAUUGAAGAGGGAUAGUAUUCAGAUCUCAUUAGUCAGUAUGCUCCAGAUUGAAGAGGGAUAGUAUUCAGAUCUCAUUAGUCAGUAUGCUCCAGAUUGAAGAGGGAUAGUAUUCAGAUCUCAUUAGUCAGUAUGCUCCAGAUUGAAGAGGGAUAGUAUUCAGAUCUCAUUAGUCAGUAUGCUCCAGAUUGAAGAGGGAUAGUAUUCAGAUCUCAUUAGUCAGUAUGCUCCAGAUUGAAGAGGGAUAGUAUUCAGAUCUCAUUAGUCAGUAUGCUCCAGAUUGAAGAGGGAUUGUAUUCAGAUCUCAUUAGUCAGUAUGCUCCAGAUUGAAGAGGGAUAGUAUUCAGAUCUCAUUAGUCAGUAUGCUCCAGAUUGAAGAGGGAUAGUAUUCAGAUCUCAUUAGUCAGUAUGCUCCAGAUUGAAGAGGGAUAGUAUUCAGAUCUCAUUAGUCAGUAUGCUCCAGAUUGAAGAGGGAUAGUAUUCAGAUCUCAUUAGUCAGUAUGCUCCAGAUUGAAGAGGGAUAGUAUUCAGAUCUCAUUAGUCAGUAUGCUCCAGAUUGAAGAGGGAUAGUAUUCAGAUCUCAUUAGUCAGUAUGCUCCAGAUUGAAGAGGGAUAGUAUUCAGAUCUCUAACAAUCUGCCUGUACUCAUUAUGGCAAAUCAUUGUGUUUUUCCUGUGGAGAUACAGUAUUUGAAAUAAAUGUGGUGAAAGUUGAUCAUCUAAUUCCUUUUAUAAGCCACAGGUCUAGCUAGGUUCCAGUGAAGGAGAUAAAACAUUCAAACGUUAAUAGGUCUGAUUCCAUAUUUAUCGAUAACCCCAGAGUAGCAGCGCUGAUCUAGGUUCAGGCCUUUCCAUGUAAUCUUAUUCAUUAGGAUCAAAAAGGCUAAAUUGAUCCUAGAUUAGUACUCCUACUCUAAGACGCUUUAUGAAUAUGUGCCCUGCCCAGGUAUCGGUUCCAUUUUACCUUUUUGAUUUGUGUUAUUCUGUGGAUGUUGGGAGAUGGGUUGUAGCUUUGAUUUAAAGGGCCUAGGUCCCUUGUUGCGCAUGUUUAUUUGUUCUCCUUGAAGUGAAAUGUUUUCAGUGCAAUUGUCCACUUGCUUUUUAUUUUUUUAUGGAGGUAUUAGAGGUUUAAUUUAACCUGUUUUAGUCUGAAUUGUCAAUACUGUCAGAUUGUUAGAUACCCUAGUUGACUUGAGAAUGUAUGGCUUAAGUAGCAGUCUAAAGCGGCAAGUCAACUAAGGGCUCCCAACGUGGAAGAAGAGCCAAUAUCGCAGAUUCUAAUUUGUUCUUGAGAUAUUUUUAAACAGUAUAUGCAAAAACAAAUAUUGCAAAAAAAUCUGACAAUCAGGGUUAAAUGUGCGGGGCACUUGCAUUUUUUUCAGUUUUUUGGGUAGGAAAGUGAGUUUGCUGGCAAGAGUUUAUUACAAUUGUGAAACAUCAGUGUUGAUUUUCUUUUUGUCUGGAUUUCAUAGUAAAGUUGAUUUCAGAUGGA